AUGCGGAGCACAUGGGUGUACUAAUGAGAGCGAGAAACAUCAUGGGCGGGUUUGUGGCUGAUGCUGGAACAGGUUGUAGGCUGCAGCAGUCUGAAUAGUGAGACAGUGGCACUGCCAGGGGGCGGGAGAACGAGAGAGAGAGACAGUUAAGAUGAGAGGGAGGGUGAGUGAGAACAGGAGACAGGCCAGCACAAAGGAAGAGAGCGAGAGUAGAAAAGGAGAACGAGGGACCAGGGAAGAAGAGAGGGAGAGAGAGAGCAAGACAAUCUGAAUAUCAAAAUGCCUCCCAACUUCGCCGGCACCUGGAAGAUGAAGAGCAGUGAGAAUUUUGACGAACUUCUGAAAGCGCUGGGUGUGAACGCUAUGCUACGUAAAGUGGCCUGUGCCGCAGCAUCCAAACCGCACGUGGAAAUCCGUCAGGACGGAGAGCAGUUCUACAUCAAGACCUCCACCACCGUGCGCACCACCGAAAUCAACUUCCGCGUGGGAGAGGAGUUUGAUGAGGAGACUGUGGACGGCAGGAAAUGUAAAAGUUUGCCUGUAUGGGAGACGGAAAAUAAAAUCUAUUGCAAACAGAAGCUGGUGGAUGGAGACAGACCCGUGACGUUCUGGAGCAGAGAGAUGCGUGGAGAUGAACUCAUACUGGUCUUUGGGGCUGACGACGUGGUUUGCACUCGGAUUUACGUACGAGGAUGAGUUGAAGGUCUAACGAAGAUAAUUGUAAAUAACGCAACCAGGCAUUUCAUGCAUCUCAACCCUACUCUGUCCAAAAAUAUAAACCCUUCAUGCAUGUCAGUCGGUGAACAUGCAUUUGUGCAGUGCAUUGUGGGAUUUCAGCCACAACCUUCUUGUUGUCUAGUCCAAUGAUAACAACUGUUACUGUGAUCUUCAUUCAGUUUCUUUCUCUCUUUGUCCGUUCUGUGCGCAAAUGUGUGUAUUGCAAACAAAAACAGGAAUAAAAAUGAAGACAAAUAUC